GGCGCCAUGAACUGGGCCGGCCUCUACGCGGUGCUGAACGGCGCCAAUCGCUACUCCACGUCCAUCGGCCACGUGUGGCUCUCCGUGCUCUUCAUCUUCCGCAUCAUGGUGCUGGUGGUGGCGGCCGAGAGAGUGUGGGGCGAUCAGAAGUCCGGUUUUGUGUGCAACACGCUGCAGCCGGGCUGCCAGAACGUGUGCUACGACCACUACUUCCCCAUCUCGAAAGUGCGCCUCUGGGCCCUGCAGCUCAUCUUCGUGUCGACGCCGGCGCUGCUCGUGGCCAUGCACAUCGCUCACCGCCACCGCAGGGCCAAGCGGAAGACGCGGCGGUGCGGGCGGCCCUGCAACGUCGCCAUAUUGAAGCCGCCAACCGACGGCGUGCUGCUGUGCACGUACGUGGUGAGCGUGCUCUUUCGCGUCGUCUUCGAGUGCUCUUUCCUCUACGCGUUCCACUUCAUCUACAGCGGCGUCACGAUGCCGCGGCUCCUCAAGUGCGACGCGUCGCCCUGCCCCAACACCGUGGACUGCUUCGUUUCGCGUCCCACCGAGAAGACCAUCUUCACCAUCUUCAUGCUGGCCGCGUCGGCCGUCUGUCUGUUGCUCAACCUGGCCGAGCUGCUCCACCUGCUGGCACGCUACUGCAGCCACGUUUGCCGGCGCGGCUCAGAGCGCCGCUCAGGCGGAGGGAGCGGCUAG